AUGGUAACCCCGACGGGCCGCGCGCGCGGCAUGCAGGGAGGCCUCCGCUUCCGGGGCGACCGGAAGGACCAUAGAGUAGUUCCGCUGGAGGGCGGAAGGGGCCGCUCUUUGUGGCUGCUGGAGCAGGACGCGGCCGGAGAGCGGUUGCCCGAGCUCGCGCCACCAGGAGGGGAGGGCGUACGUGGGAAAAUGCCCGACCGUGACAACUACAACAAUGGCAGUAGCAGUGACGAGGCGGGUGCCAACUCUGACGACAUCUGCCGCGACUUCCUGCGCAACGUCUGCAAGCGAGGCAAGCGCUGCCGCUUCCGACACCCCGACAUUAGCGAGGUCACCAACCUGGGCGUGCGCAAGAACGAAUUCAUCUUCUGCCAUGACUUCCAGAACAAGGAGUGCGUGCGCCUCAACUGCCGCUUCAUCCACGGCACCAAGGAGGACGAGGACUGUUACAAGAAGACGGGGGAGCUGCCCCCACGCCUGCGCCAGAAGGUGGCGGCUGGGCUCGGCCUCUCCCCGGCGGACCUGCCGAACAGCAAGGAGGAGGUGCCGAUAUGCAGGGACUUCCUGAAGGGCGACUGCCAGCGGGGAGCCAAGUGCAAGUUCCAGCACUUGCAGCGGGAGUACGAGUACGACGCCCGGGUCAUUGCGGCCCGGGACCCUGGCAUCGCCACCACUGUACGCCGCUAUGACCCCUACGAUGUCAUGUACGACCCCGACCGCUAUGACGACCACGACCCGGUGCUGAAACGGAGGCGGGUGGACGGGCUGCACUUCGAGACCUACGAGUACAGCUUCACCAGCCCGCGCACGGUGGAGUACCGGCUCCUGGAGGAGGAGAACAUCAUGCUGCGCAAGCGCCUGGAGGACCUCAAGAAGCAGGUCAACAAUCUGCUGGCGACCAACGAGGUGCUGCUGGAGCAGAAUGCCCAGUUCCGAAACCAGGCCAAAGUCAUGACUCUCAGCUCCACUGCCACGGCCACCGAGCAGACCCUGGCCCCAACCGUGGGCACUGUCACCAAUUAUAAUCACAGCAUUGCCCAGACUCACACCACGCUCAGCAGCCAGGCCCUCCAGCCACGGCCCGUCACCCAGCAGGAUUUGGUGGCUCCGGCCGGAGCGCCGGCAGCGCCCCCCACCAAUGCAGCGCCCCCCAUGAACCCUGAAAUCACCCCACUCUCUGCUGCUCUGGCUCAGACCAUCGCACAGGGCAUGGCUCCUCCGGUCUCCAUGGCGCCCGUGGCGGUGUCGGUGGCGCCCGUGGCAGUUUCAAUGGCACAGCCGCUGGGAGGUAUCACCAUGAGCCACGCUACCACGCCCAUGGUGACAUACCCCAUUGCGUCGCAGAGCAUGAGGAUAACAGCCAUGCCACACUAACCUCCCCCAAAGGGCCCCACAUACCGCCAUGGGUCCGUGCUGUUCGGAACCACCCCUGGCAGGCGGAAGGGCUCUGUCACUGGCAGGACUUGCUCCUUCCUUUGGGGAGACUGGAACCGAGAAGAGAGAGAAUUGAACUGAAACCCUUGGAAACCUCUCUCCCCUUUCAGGGGAUGGGCUUUCCACCCUGCAGGCGAGUGACUUGGAUUUCCCUUACCCCCUAGCAACCACCCGUGGUCUUCCACAAGGCAGCAGAAUUCAGGGAUGAAGGGCUUUAAUGCCACAUGAUUCGAAGGGUACAGUAACCUCAGAGCCUUUGCCCGUCACUUGUAUCUUUGCCCAAAUACCUGCCCCUCUGUACCCACUGCGCUAACCCCUCCAUAGCCCUGCGAGUUCAGGAACUCAGUAUAUCGCCUGGCUAUGGCAGUAUCGUUUCACUGACAGGACGCACCAGAAUGGAGGCUGUAGGGAAAUCACCCCCAGGGGUGGGAGCUUGGGUCCCCUGGCUCGCUGCUCUUUAGAGAUACUCCCAGGCUUCCCUGGGCUCAGGCAGAAUCAGGGAAGUGAGCCUCCCCCAGAGCUGGCAGAAAGGCUGGGUCUGUCUGGCAGCCCUCUCCUAGGGGGAAUGGCCCUGGAGCAGCUUUGCCUGGUGAUGAAAUGGUUAAAUCAAAUAGGAUUUGGGUUCGUAUGUAAACUGAGCCCUGGUGCUUUAAAAGGGGGCAGCACAACCUGGACUCUAGGAAACCAUCUCUACGGUGGCCUUCAGAGCAUCCCUGUUCCAGUCACCCCUCCAGGGAGAGGGGGGCGCAUUCUUAGGCCCAUCUGGAUCCCAAGGGGGGAGGUGUCACAAUUCCAGCAGAUGUUGUUGCUGUAUUGCUCAUAAACCCCGUUGCGGGGUGGGGCGCUAGUUAAACGUGAUAGCGUCUGACCCCACUUCGCCUCGCAGCCCGCGGGGCAGGGGUCGCAUUCUGCUUGAGGUCGUGGGUUGAAAUAAACUCGUCUCCGUUGCUUUAUGAGUUGUCAGGGCUCCUCCGGUCACCUCCCGAGGCAUAGCAGCUCGCUGAAAGGAGACCAGGGUUGGACAGCAACCCUGCCAGGUCCCUGAGCACACUCCAGAGUGCUCAGCACCUUGCAAGAGCAGACCUGGUCAUCAGUUCCCUCUGGAGCUGUUUGGCUGGCAAAUGCCAGCAAAUCCACUCGUGCCCUGAGCAACCCUGCAUGCCCUUCGCCAUCCACCAGCAACUUCUGUGCCUGAGCCUCCCCACCCCAAGACGUCCAUCUGCCUCUUACGGCCAUUUUCUCUGUUCAUCCCAUUCACACGUCCUCAAAGAGACCCCUCCCUCCCUCAUAUGCUGUAUUUUUGUUUCUAAAACUGAAGCUCACCCAGGGAUCUAGAGUAGCUUUUGCAUAGUCCUGUCUGGGUUUGAGAACUGAAAGAGGAGGAGAAUGCUUUACAGCAGGAGCUCUUUCUAAGAGUGCUGAACUUUGUAAGUUUAGUGUUUUAGUUCUGUGACUACAGUGUAAAGUUUUCAGUUAUUAAAAGAAAACGUACAGCC